CACAUAUGCCAACCUCACUGCGUGUACACAGGAUUAUAGUUUGAACUAUAGAUACGUUUCAGAAACUCGAGAUGAAGGUCGUGUUUGCCUCCUGUCUUUUGCUGCCAUGUGUCCUGGGGCAAGUGACGCAGCUUAGCAGUAACUUUCUAGGGCCUCUGACGUCGUCUGGGGGCCAGUACAUUGUGACUCAAAUCCAAGCAGCCAACAACGACUACAAGGCCAAGGAGAGUAGCUUCCAGUCCGCUACGACAACCUGCCAAAACCUCAUUAAAACUAACCAGGAGAAAAUCUGCGUUCCAUGCAUCGUUGACAAAUGCAAAGCGAAAGCCAAGUCUUGUAACAGAGAGCUGACCUUUAGUGGUGCCAUCAAAACAAUUGGAGACCUUGGAGGAUCUGUGGCCAGUAAAGCUAAAGACGUCGUUGACAAAGUCAUUGGAGGCAUUAAAGACGUAUUUUCAGGAUGGGGGAAACGCAGAUCCCUUGCCAAGCGCGCAGAGCCCUCUUGUGGUGAAAUCGAGAGAAAUGCCGGGGAAGCCUGCAAGAAGUACCAGGAUCAAUGCUCCUGGUGUAACGUGAAUGCAAAUAACGCUUGCCCAGGGUACUCAUCGGCACGCGUUGCCUAUGAAAGUGCCAGAAACACCUACAGCUGGUUAGCUAAGGUGCCUACACAAAACGCCAACUACAGAGUCAAGGCAGCCUCCUACGACCAAGCCAACUUCGUUCCAACUUCCGGAAAGUGGUCCAACGUUGACGUCACAGUCGAGAUUCUCGGGAAAACUACGAACUUUCGCGUGAACCAAGCUAUCAACCCGUACGAUAGUGCUGACGGAGCAGUCGUCGCAACACAGGCUUUUGAAUGGUGGAAAAGAAACUAA